GAACGAAUCGUAGCGAACAUUACAAAAACUCGAAAGCGGAAAGUUUGAUCGUUUUGAAAAAAAACCUGAAAGAAAAGUGAAUGGAAAAUGUUUUUAAUGUGGUAUCAUUUAUACUUGAACCAUUUAGCACUUAAAGGGAAAUACAGAGGAGUGGUGUAGAGCACAUGUGGGAUAUUAUCGAAAAUACAUAAACAGCGACAAAGAUGCCACCCAAAAGAAAACAAGCAGCAGGCUCUUCUACACCAGCAAAGAAAGCAAGAGCUACACCCAAGGCAUAUCAGUUGGCAGCUCCCCUUCCUGAGGGAACAAUACUCGCAGAUAUAUUCAAACGCCAGUGGAAGGUUGGCAAGGCAGUAGGCUCAGGGGGGUUUGGACUGCUAUAUUCAGCUACAUCUGCAGACAACACAUUAGAUGGAGCUGCAAAAGAUUACGUUGUUAAAAUUGAGCCACAUGGGAAUGGACCAUUAUUUUGUGAACUAGCAUUUUACCAAAGAGUCGCAAAGCCAGAUAUGAUUGACCAAUGGAAAUCAAAGCACAAAAUGAAAGUAUUAGGGGUUCCCAAAUUUAUAGCCAUGGGAUCCAGUGAAAAAAAUGGAACAAAAUACCGCUUCAUGAUCAUGGAGAGAUUUGGAGAAGAUCUGCAGAAGAAAUUUGAAAGGAAUGGAAAGAGAUUUCCCACAGAGGCUGUGUAUAGAUUGGGACUAAGAAUGCUGGAUGCCUUAGAGUAUAUCCAUUCCAAGGAAUAUGUCCAUGCAGAUAUAAAAGCAUCAAAUAUGCUGGAAGGAUUUAAAGACACAGACCAGGUGUAUUUAGUUGAUUAUGGUCUUGCAUUCAAAUUCUCAUGUGAUGGAAAGCACAAAGAAUACAAAGAGGACCCCAGAAAAGCACAUGAUGGGACAAUAGAAUUCACCAGUAGAGAUGCUCAUGUUGGGGCAGCACCUUCAAGAAGGGGUGACAUAGAAAUUCUUGGAUAUUGCCUACUACAAUGGCUGUGUGGUCGGUUACCAUGGGAAAGUAAUUUAGAGAACAAAGACUUUGUCAGAGAUCAAAAACUCAAGUAA